ACCUUCUAGCCAGCGAAUACGGAGUUUCAUGCAGUUGCUCAGUCCCACUGUGGCGGCAGCAGUGCGCAUGAGGACCCACAUACUUUGCAGGUCCUUUGUUGCGGAAAUCGAAGAUGACUUAACCUCGACAGACUAUCAGCUGGCCAGGGAUGGCUGAAGAGUGAGAGACGCUCCCCUAACACCCGAGGACAUUCUGCCGAUGGAAGGUGGUCAUCUGCCCAUCCAACCUGCCCAAAAGACUGUCUCCCCUCCGCCCUCAACUAAGAUGGCUUCCCAUGGCCUUCUCCUGCACUGGAAUGGACUGGAGCAGAGCUGCACCCUACCAUGGUGAUCAUAUUCUCAAAAACACUGGAAAAGAAGAAGGGUGUCGAUGAUGUAAGGUCCAAAGACACUGAAUUGCUGCUGCGUAAGCACGGCACCAUGAGCAGAGGGACUACCCUCUUCUCCUGUGGCACUGUGGAGGCAGACAGGUGGCUAGACCUGCGCAGAGGCUGUGCCGUCCAGCCAGAGACACCCUGCCAGUCCGGCGCCAGUCUGGAGAGCCUGUGGGACGUUCUGCCCGAGGAGUGUCAGCGGAGUAGCCGGGUCUGGGGCCGUGAGGUGGGCACCGCCACCGCCAUCACCAGCCUCAUUCGAGACCUCAACCUGGGCGAUGCCAAGCUGGCAGCCACCCAGUCCCUGGCCCUCGCCACCUCCACCUCAGCCGCCACGGCGCCCCCUAGCAAGCGCCAGUGCCGCUCACUCUCACUGUCCUUCUCCGAAGCGUUUGGGAGCUGCAGGUCGUCAUGGAGACCCCAGGGGUCGCGAGUGUGGACGGCGGUGGAGAAGAGGAGGUGCCACAGCGGGGGGAGUGUGCAGCGCUGCUCUGGAGGAAGUGGAAUAGGAGGUGGUGGAAGUUUUUCAGGGGUUAAUUUUCCUGCCAUGCAGCGGAGCUCCAGUUUCAGCCUGCCAUCCCGCUCCAACAACCCCACAGAAGGCACCCUGGAGCUUCCCUGCUUCAACCAGCACCUGCCCCUUCACCCCCUGUUCACUGCCUCCCCUACCUCCCCUACCUCCCUCUCCUACCACCACUCUCUCAGGCCCCUCUCCUUGUCCCAUGAGCAGAUCAGCCUGCCAGACCACCACAGAGAGGGGGCCAGCUCACCAGACUGCAACCCACAGCUGGGGAGACGUGCUGGGCAGACAGCAGGGAGGACUGGGGGGCUGUCGCGGAGCAAGUCCCAGCCCUGCGUCCUGAACGAUAAGAAGAUCGGUAUGAAGCGCAGGAGACCAGAGGAUGCUCAAGAACCACGACCCUCCCUGGACCUGGCCAAGAUGACUCAGAAACUCCAGACUUUCCACAGCUUGAGCUGCCCUGGGUUCUCUGGUCCGGACAGCUGUCAAUCAAACAUGCCCCCACGCUCCCCCAGGAGCUUGAGCCAAUCGGAAUCUUACUUCACCUGUGCGCCUGACCUAGGUGCUGAGACUCAACAGGAAGUGGAUGAGGAGGAGGAUGACUCUUCCUAUGAGGAGCUGGACAGUGACUCUGCGUGUAGCCUGGACUCUAGGCCCUGGUCCCCAUGCAGGGGAGGGGGGGAGAGAAUGGGAGAGGGACACCCCCUCUGGAAGAGUGAGUGUGGGACAGAGAAGGACAUCUACCAGCUGGGGGGAGAGCUGGACAUCGACCAGAUCGAGAGGAACUGAACGGAACCUGAAGCCUUUGGAUAAAGGAUUGUCGUAACCUUUUGUGAAUUUUGCAGAAAGACUGAGAAUUUAGUACUUCAUGACCACGCGAAGGAUGCCUUACGUAUGAUAGGGGGAUAUUGAGCGGAUUGAAAGGAACUUCGCGAUUUUGGACAGAGUUGUUUUUGGAACAUUACAAGGAUGUUUGCGAAUAAUGUGGGAGGCAAGGGAUGUUGUACUGUAUGUGAUGUCAAUGAAGGACAAAGCACGUGGAACUGUUGAUAGAAAGUGUUGCAUGUGAACUUUGGUUGAACUUUGAGGUCCUGCGGGACAAACAGUUGUUUUGAAUUGUCUCGUUGUCUUUCUGAAUUUAAAGGCAGUUGCUUUCGCUUGGUGACAUGCAGCCUAACUCUGGAGUGGGGAUCGAGGGAUAGUCUUUAACACCUCCAAAAACUCCUCUCUCCUCUAAAAUUGAGUACCUCCUUAUACAACUGGACAGAACUAACGGCAAGGUUUUAGUACUGUAGCAUUUUCAGCAGAAGUAUGUUACAACUUCUGCUUUUCUCUACCAGACUAGGGGGACAUGAUGGCCUGAGAGAGAGGGAUGAAGUAGAGCAGGAGAGAAACUGUUAUUUUCAUAUAUACCUCCCCUUGACCCUUUUCUUCAACUAUUCUUACAGGAAGAAUGUCCCCUGCUGAAUUCCAAGUUAACCCCUAUACCACAGGCACUCCUGUAGAUCUGAAAGAAUGAAAGUACCAGUAUUACUUUCCUUCUGAUUGGCUGUGUGGAGUUUUCACUAUAUAUGCUUACAUCUAUCCAAGAAUUUCAGGUCUUCAGGUGUACCUAGGGGAUAGGGGUCCAUUUGGAAUUCAUAAAGUAUUCACACAUCCUCGCUGAAUGUAAAUAAGCUUUAAGGGGUUUGGAAAUACCUGCCGAUUUGUUCGGUCAGAUACAAGUCCUUAUCACCUCAGAAAUCCCUGCUCGAAACAAACCUUUCUGACUUUUUAUAGAUUCUAAUAUGCAAAAUGUAUAUUUGAAUAAACACAGAAUUUUACGUCUUCAGUUCUAAUAUCAAUGUAUAUUUUUCUCAAUGUAUGUUUUUAUUAUCUGUUUGCGAAGGAUCAGGAAUAAGAGACCCUACUUCAACAGGACAGACAUGAAAUAAAAACGCAAACUGCC